AUGACCACAAAGACUUUCCGAGAGCAACCUCCCCAUCUCUCCCCGUAUCUCUCUCGCUCCCCACUUGUGCCAACCGCCACUGCGACCGACGAAAAGCAUCCAACCCAGCCCUUUCCAGACGUUGAACACCCCUUGCCUCUUCUACCUCCCUCAGAACCAUCACAGCCCCACAUACGCACCCUACCAUCAUCCACCAGCACCCAGCUAACCUCCCCAUGGUCCUUCGUCUCCCUUUCCUCCUCCGACUCCUCCGAAACCAUCACCCUCCCCAUGGCCCAUCAUUUCCCCGAACUAAACGAGCCCCCAUCCGACGAGUCGCUCUCUCCUGUUGCACGCGCGAUAGUUACCCCAGCAGAAGUCUUAUUCUUACUCAACCUUCUCGACGAUCUAGAUGCCGACGCUUCCCAGGAAGUGGCAAGAGUAAAGAUGGCUAUACGCGAGACUCACAUGCUUAUCAGCGAGUAUAAAGAGAACAGACCUGGCAUAAAUAAACAUCAUCUGCCGUUGUUGGCUUUUUGA